GUGAUGGGAACAGCUGGUCGUUAGCUAGCUAGCAUAGUUAGCUAGCUCUAUCUCCACAAUGUCCGUAAGACGUUUACUGCCAUAUCUCCGUAGUUGUGCGUGCAAUUUGGUAUGUGAACAUUGGUACAUUUAACUAUUUAAUUAUAGCUCUACAGAUAGUCACAUUUUAAUUCGAGCAAGCUAACUAGCUAGGCAAGAAGGUCUGCUAGGUAUGACAUUUCUUGCUACCGUAGCUAGCUAGCAAAACAGCUGGUUAAGCUACAAACGCUAAUGCAAGCUAGCCGUUUAAAGAGACAGUGAUGUCGACCAACGUUAACGUGGGCUAACCUAAAUGUUCUUAGAUUUAAAUAAAAUAGCUUCCAGCAAGAGAAGGUUUAUAAUGUUAACCAACAACUAACUUUGAUCUCUAUUGCUUUGCACUGAUCUGUUAUUCCUGGAGGUAGCUUACUGUAAAUCGUAGCCAUCUAACGGUGCAAUCGAUAUUAUGCUUAAGUUAGCUUGCUAGUGUAUGUCCUGUUUUCAUUAUUCUGGCUGGGAUGCUAACGGUUGCUAGCCUGUGAACCAACUUCCUCUGGCAUCUCAACCACUUCACCCAGCUCUGCUACAUCUUCCCUCCCUCUUCUCCCUCCUCCUGUCCUGGGGUGGAGGAGAGGAUGGCGGUCCUUUUCCUUGCCCUUUUGUGGAUGGGACUGCUCAGCUGGGUCCCUGGGUGCCUUGCCGGGGACUGUAAGGGCCACAGACUGGUCCUGAGGGGGCCCCCAGGAUAUGUUUCAGACGGACCAGGGAACUACUCCGUGAAUGGGAACUGUGAAUGGCUCAUCAAAGCUCCUGGUAGCAACUACCGCAUCGUUGUGAACUUCACCUUCAUGGAGACGGAGUGCACCUACGACUACCUGUUUGUUUACGACGGUGACUCCUACCAGAGCCCCCUGUUGGCUAGCCUGAGUGGCAACACCCUGCCCCAGCCUAUCGAAGCCAAGUCUGGCCAGAUGCUGCUCCAUCUCUUCAGCGACGCCAACUACAACCUACUGGGCUUUAAUGCCACCUACUCCUUCUCCGUUUGCCCCGGGGCUUGCGGAGGUCACGGCCGCUGCGACACCGCCUCGUCCCGCUGCCAGUGUCACCAGGGCUGGGGGGGAGAGGACUGCACCACCCCCCUCUGCUCCGUGGCCUGCACCAGACACGGACUCUGUGAUGAGAAAGGUGAACAUUGCAACUGCAGCUCUGGCUACGUUGGACGGAGCUGCCAGCUCGGUCUCCAUGACGACAGCAGUGCGGGCCAGUGGUGGGAGAUGAGUGAGGGCGACGUGAAGGUGCCCCCCCGCACGGCCUCCGCAGGGGUCUACCUGUCCUCCACCAGGGCCAUGUACCUGUUCGGAGGGUUUGACUUGAACAGAGCUCUGGGCGACCUGUGGAGGUACAGCUUUGAGGCCAACCUGUGGGAGAAGAUGUCCAUCUCCAAUGCCCCAGCUCCGCGGCACUCCCACACUGCCAUAGAGUGGCAGGGUUGUAUGGUGAUCUACGGUGGGGAGCUAUCCGACCACUCUCUAGCCAGUGAUGUAUGGAUCUACCGGCCCCAGCCAGAUGUAUGGGAGCAGCUGGGCCAAUCAGACGCCCCGGGAGCACCGCGACUAGCCAAUCACGCGGCAGCCCUAGUGGAUAGCUAUCUCUAUGUGUUUGGGGGCCGGACGGAGGAGGACAUGUUCUCGUCGUCUCUGAGCCGCUUUAAGUUGAAGGAGGGGGUGUGGGAGGGGGUUCAGCCGUCGGGGGGCAAACCUCCCGCCACCGCUGGCCACAGCAUGGUGUUUCACGCCCUCUCUAGAACACUGCUGGUGUACGGAGGCCACCGACCCACCUCCGCCAGGUUCAGCCAGCGUGUCAACUCCACUGAUGCCUUCCACGUGGACCAGCGCUUCUGGACCUCCUUCCGCUCACGCUUCCCGGCCCACGGCCCACGGGAGAGGGCCUUCCACUCCGCCGCCAUCAUAGGCAACUACAUGGUGGUGUACGGAGGGAAUGUUCACAUCCACUACCAGGAGGAGAAGUGCUAUGACGACGAGAUCUUCUUCUACCACCUGGGCUGUCACCAGUGGGUGUCUGCUGGCGACACCUUCAGUAACAGGGGCCAUGCAGUGAGAGGUCGCUACUCCCACGUCGCUGCCGUGAUGGAGGGCCGCGUGCUUCUGGUUGCCGGGGGCUACAGCGGGGUUGCGCAGGGCGACCUGGUGGCGUACAAGGUCCCGUUGUUCGUCAGCAGUGACCCAGGGAAAAGAGAUGCGUUGUGUGCUGAGGCCCCAGAUGAGAGCAUUUGUUUGAAAAACCCAGAAUGCAGCUGGUGUGAGGGCCGCUGCCGAGAGUACCAGCCGACCAAUCCGUGUGGCAGUAACGGGUGCCUGGGCCUGGCGCGGUUCCUUUCCGACUGCCAGUCCUGCCUGAUGUUCAGCGGCACCUCUGGGGCACUGCCCCGCGCCCCCAGCGACCUGGGCUGGUGUGUCCAGAACGAGUCCUGCCUACCUGUGUCAGAGCGCACUUCGUGCCACGUGGACCAGAUCUCAGGGGCGUAUGGCUGGUGGGGGGAGCGGACCAGUUUCCUGACCUCCCUCCACUCCUGUCGCACCGAGAACUAUGUCCCGGGAGUGCACCUGCUCACCUACCACCACCCCCGCAACCAGUCACAGCCUGACAAGGUGUCCAUCCUGCAGAGCACCUCCAUCAUCCUGAACCCCUCCACAGAGAUGGACGUGACGAUGCAGUUCCGCGGCUUCAUCCACCCGCUCUGGAGCUCCCCCUCCCCCUCCGACAGCGUCUCCGUCUGGGCCCGCAUCCAGAGGCUCUACUUCACCGCCAAGAUGGCCGCCGGGCCCAACUCCCUAGAGCUGACGGAUGUGGUCGGCGAGUGGGUGGCUCAGCAGGAGAAGGAGACGCGGCUGUUGAACCGACCCAAACCGGGCCAGCGCCUCUUCCAGAACCUGACCCGGGGGAACCGCUACCUGGUGCAGGCCGAGGGCUACCUCAACGGCUCGGGCCACUCCAGCGAGAUGGCCCUCACCUGGAACCGCACCGCGCUGCCAGGAGGAAGCGAGAUCUCGUUCCUCUUCCUGGAGCCCUUCCGCUCGGACUCGUGCUGGGAGUACCGCUCGUGCUUGGCCUGCCUGUCGGACCAGUCGUGUGGCUGGUGCCCCACGCUCAACCAGUGCCUGUCCAGGGACAACUCCAGCCAGCCGCCCUGCCGCGAGCCGGAGCCCGAGCCCGAGGACGGGGCAGAGCGCCACCUGCUGCUGGCACCGCAGCACUGCACCCUGUGUGACGAGUACCGGGACUGCACCGCCUGCUCCCAGGAUCCAUACUGUGAGUGGCAGUUCAACUACCCCAAGAAGGGGGACAGCCAGUGCAGUCGCCGCGGGCGACAGGAGGGAUCCAUCCGCCAUCCUGGGGGCUGUCCUAAAGUCUGCAACCAGAGGCAAACAUGUGGGGAGUGUCUGGCUAACUCCAGUCAGUGUGCAUGGUGUGAAUCAGCCCAGACGUGCUUCUACUUUGCGGCGUACCUCACCAAGUUCCCCUACGGAGAGUGCAGGGACUGGUACGACAGUGUUCACUCCGUUCCUCAGUGCAAACAGUGUUCCGCUCUGAACACGUGCUCCGAGUGCCUGCAGACUUUCCAGUGUGGCUGGUGUGGUGACUACAACAACCCAACCAUCGGCAGGUGUCUGAAAGGUGAUUGGUCAGGAAUGGAGGACCCACUGGCCAAUAACUGCAGCGUGGCUGUGGCAGAGGUCCGCGCCUCCAGACCCGAGCCCCCCACCUCCUCCCCUCCCCUGCUGCAGGAGAUGGAGAUGGAGGAGUUUGAUGAGCUGCUGGAGGGGAUGGAGGGCCAGAGUGACUCCGUGUGGUCGUACCCCUCCUGCCCGGACGUGGAGGAGUGCCGCCUGGGCCUGCACAACUGCCACCCCUUCGCCACCUGCGUCAACACGCCCACCUCCUACGAGUGCCACUGCGAGCGCGGCUACACCGGCGACGGCGUGCAUCACUGCAACCAGACCUGCUAUAAUGAGUGCAGAGAGGGCCGGUGCAGUGGCAGCCCCAGGUUCGAGUGCGAGUGCUCCCUGGGCUGGACCUCGGACCCGGCCACGCUGGUGCUGAGCGGGGUGGAGUGUGACGUGGACUGCGGCUGCAACUUCCACAGCACCUGCAUCACGGCCCCGGGCAUCUGUGACGACUGCCAAGACUGGACGACGGGUCCCCACUGUGAGGUGUGUCGGGCGGGCAGUUUCGGCUCGGCGCUGGCGGGGGGCGGGGGCUGCGUGUCGUGCCAGUGUAACGGGCACGGCGACCCGCUGCAGGGCUACUGCCACAACCAGACGGGCCAGUGCUACUGCACCCACCACACCCAGGACCCGCACUGCGACACCUGCCUGCCCGGGUACUACGGUGACCCCAGGAACAACGGCACGUGUUUCCGUCAGUGCCAGGGCCGCUCUGUGGUUCUAGCCCCAUCCUCGUCCUCCUCCUCCCCCCUGCCGCUGUCCUCCUCGCUGGGCUGGCACCGGGCGGUGGGUGAGUAUGGGGCUCAGGGCGGUCUGUCCCACUGCCUGUGGGUGCUGUCCGUCUCCCAGGACCUGGUGCCCUGUGCGCCCAGCCAGUCCUGCCCGUCUGUGGCCCUCACCCUCCACCCCGACUCACACACACAGUGCAGCAACUCUUUUGUGUAUGUGUUCGACGGCCUCCCUCGCUUCCUGCGAAAUGGUGUGGUGCACUCCGACCACAACCUGAUUGGAGCAUUCUGUGGCACAACGCGCACUCAGCCAAUCACAGUGGAAGCCAUCUCUGGCGUGAUCUCCGUCUACUUCGAGGCCAACGUGUCCUCCGCCCAGCCCCAGGGCUUCAACGCCUCCUUUUGGGUGCGCCGCUGCGAGGAAGGGGCGUCUGAGAAGGAGGAGGACGAUGCUGCUCCGUCGUGCCCGGCCGGCGCCCGCUGCCACCAGGGCCUGUGCCAGUGUCCCCAUAGUUACGGAGGACCCCAGUGUGACCGACCCAUCUGCCCCAAGGACUGUGGCGUAGAGGACAACAGAGGAGCCUGCAACAGGACGCUGGGAGUGUGUGUGUGCGCUGACGGCUGGGCCGGUGCCGACUGCUCGUCCCCUUCCACUCCCAACACUCUGGUGUGGAGGACCCUUCUGGACACUCAGCUCACAGCCAACCAGGCCCACCGCUUCUUGCACAGGAUGGGCCACUCCAUGGUGGCCGGCCCUCAGAACACGCUCUGGAUGUACGGCGGCCUCUCGCUCUCAGAGGGCAUUCUGGGAAAUGUCUACAGGUACUCCGUACCAGAGAGGCGCUGGACUCAGAUGCUGACGAGUUCUGUGGAGGAAGGCUCCACCCCCACAGCACGCUACCACCACGCCGCCGCCCUGGUGUCCAAUCACGACCCCAUGUCAGCCGCCACUCACAACAUGAUGCUGGUGGUGGGCGGAGCCACGCAGAAGGGCGUCGUCUCGGAUACGUGGAGCCUGAACCUGAGCAGCCUGGUGUGGAGGGAAUACAAGAGCUCGCUGCUGCCCCCGGUGGCCGGCCACACCCUGACGGUGCGCAGAGACUCCUGUGUGCUGCUGAUUGGGGGUUACUCCCCUGAGAACGGCUUCAACCAGCUCCUGCUGGAGUUCAGCCCACACACGGGCAACUGGACCAUCGCCCAACACACUGGCACUCCACCGACAGGUCUGUACGGCCACACGGCAGUGUAUCAUGAGCAGACGGACGCCGUCUACGUGUUUGGAGGAUACCGCUUCCACGUGGAGGCAGUGGAACCUUCCGGAGAACUCUACACUCUCUACUACCCCAACCUCACCUGGUCACUGCUGGUGCCCUCACAGGGCAACAAGCCGCUCUCUCGUUUCUUCCACGCCGCUGCCCUGCUGAAGGACGCCAUGGUGAUCGUGGGCGGCCGGACCGGAGAGGAGGACUACAGCAACAUCGUGUCCCUCUACCAGAUCAACUGCAACACCUGGAUACAGCCUGGCUCCGGUGUGGGUGAUCCCGUGAACCGCUCCGUCUCCCUGGCGAUGGCGGGUUUGGACGGCACUCUGUUCCUGUCGGGCGGGUUCAACGGCGUGACCCUAGGCCGCCUGCUCACCCUCUCGCUGCCCUCUGACCCUUGUGUGCUGCUGACCUCUCAGGACGCCUGCAACAGCAGCACGGGCAGCUGUGUGUGGUGCAGAGGAUCCUGUGCCUCCUCCGACAUGGCAGAGAGGCUGGGCUGCUCCAGUAGUCUGUCUCCCUGCUCCCCCACUCCUCGCCUGCCUGAUGAGUGUCGGCGGCUGAAGACCUGCAGUGAGUGCCUCGCUCGCCACCCUAAGACCUUCUCCAGCCCCAUCCAGCCCGCUCUGCAGUGUAAGUGGUGCACCAACUGCCCCGAGGGCGCCUGCAUGAGCAGCGGCGUCAGCUGCACCUCGGAGCACGACUGCAAGAUCAACCAGCGCGAGGUCUUCCUGUCCAGCAACUGCGCCGAGACCAGCUGCGAGGCCUCCGACUGCCCCAAGUGCACCUCCUCCGGGAAGUGCAUGUGGACGCGCCAGUUCAAACGCACCGGCGAGACCCGGCGCAUCGUGAGCGUCAACCCCACCUACGACUGGACGUGCCUGAGCUACGGGCUGCUGAAUGUGUCGCCCAUGCAGGUGGAGUCGUCCCCGCCGCUGCCUUGCCCCGUGCCCUGCUACCUGCUGCCCGGCUGCACCCAGUGCCUGGCAUCGCAUGGUGCCGACGGGGGCUGGCAGCACUGCGUCUGGAGCAUGGCACUGCAGCAGUGUAUGAGCCCCUCGUUCGUGCCCCUGCGCUGUGAGGCGGGGCAGUGUGGGCGUCUGCUGUCCAGCGGGGACUCGUGCUCGCCCCAGUGCUCCCAGCUCACCCAGUGCUCGCAGUGCAUCGGCCGGCCCCAGUGUGGGUGGUGCGCGGGCCGCGGGGGCAACGGGGCUGGACACUGCCUCCAGGGAGGUCUGGACGGAGUGAGCGAGGACAUGUGCCCGCAGUGGAACAGCAGCUGGUCCUUCCUGCACUGCCCUGAGGAGGACGAGUGUGCCAACGGGCACCACCACUGCAACAAGUCUCAGGACUGCCACGACCUGCCCCAGGGCUACUACUGUACCUGUCGCCAGGGUUACGUGCUCAGCAGUGUGUCAGGCCACUGUGAGCCCGUGUGUCUUCAGGGCUGUGUGAACGGCACGUGUGUGUCUCCCGGAGUGUGUCGCUGCCACUUCGGCUUCGUCGGGGAGAACUGCUCGUCGGAGUGCCGCUGCAACAAACACAGCAACUGUGCUGGAGUCAGUCAGCUGGACAAGUGUCUGGAGUGCCACAACAACACUGUGGGAGAGUCAUGUGAUAAGUGUAAGCCUUUGUUUGUGGGCUCGGCCGUGGGCGGGGGCACGUGUCGUCCGUGCCGUGAGAUUUGCCGUGGCAACAGUGCCGUGUGCCUCUCCAGAGACGAGUAUGAGAAAGCGCUGAUCAACAACUAUCCUCUGGACCCUGACAGCAUUAUCCAGCGGGUUGCCAAGGGCCCCACGGAGGAUGACGUGGUCUGUGUGAACUGCCAGAACAACAGCAUGGGCGACAAGUGUGACAACUGCCUCACUGGCUACUUCCUGCUGCUGGGGAAGUGUGAAAAGUGUCAGUGUAACGGCCACGCCUCCACCUGCAACAUGGACGGCUCCGGCUGCCCCUGUCAGAACAACACAGAGACCGUCAACUGCCUGAGUUCCGCCGCCAGCGACCGCAAGGAGUGCUACAAGAUACAGUGUGCGAAGUGCAAGGACUCCUUCAACGGCGCCCCCAUCAACGGGCGUCAGUGCUACCGUCAGUUCAACGUGGACAACGAGUGCUGCUUCGACCCCACCUCUCAGACCAACUGCUUCCACGACCCGGCCAUCCGCAACCUGCCGCGGGGACGCACCGUCUUCUUCGCCGCGCAGCCCAAGUUCACCAACGUGGACAUCCGCGUCACCAUCGACGUGACGUUCGGCGAGGUGGAGGUCUUCGUGUCCAACUCGCACGACACCUUCAUCGUGGACGUGGACCAGCGCUCGGGCGUGCACGCCAUCCGCAUCGAGGACGAGACCAGCGCGGCGGCCGGCGGCGCCUCCGUCGCCCGCGGCAACAAGGAGAUGCCCUUCCAGCCCUCGCCCAUCAAGGUGUUCGCCAACCAGUCGUCUCCCUCCGCACCGCUGGGCACUCCCCUCCAGCUGCAUGCCAGCCGAGUGGUGUCGGGCGGGGGCGGGGGCGGGGGUGGGGGCGGAGGCGGGGCGGGCGAGCGGGAGAUCCGCGAGGCGAAGGCUCUGGGCCUCAUCACCUACAUCACCGUGUGGAAGCCCCAGACGGUGCUGAUGGUGCGGGAGGUGCGCGACCGCGUGGUCAUCACCUUCCCGCACGAGGUGCACUCGCUCAAGUCCAGCCGCUUCUACAUCGCCCUGCGCGGCGUGGGCACGGCGGAUCGCGGCGGCGAGUCGCAGGGCCUGCUCUUCCUGCGGCAGGACCAGGCGCACAUCGACCUGUUUGUCUUCUUCUCCGUCUUCUUCUCCUGCUUCUUCCUCUUCCUAUCCGUGUGCGUGCUCCUGUGGAAGGUCAAGCAGUUCCUGGAUUUCCGCCGCGAGCAGCGCCGCCACAUCCAGGAGAUGACCAAGAUGGCGUCGCGGCCCUUCGCCAAGCUCACCGUCUACCUGGAGCCCGAGGAGCCGCAGCUCAUCUUCCUGCCCUCGACCGGCGGAGGCGGCAGCGUCGGCAGCGUCUCACUGGCCCACGCCCGCACGGGCAAGCUGGGCGGGGUGGUGAUGGGGCAGAGGGGCCGCUCGGGAGCUCCGUCCUACAAGCAAGACCCCGGCUCGGGCACCGCCCUCCACCACCACCACCACCUGGCGGCGCUGAGCUCCGGCAACAGCGGGCAGCACCUGCCUCUGCACUACCUGAACGCCCAUCACCACUACGCCCCCACGUCCACGGCCAACCCGCCGGCCCACCAUCACCACCACCACCACCACCCUCCCUCCACCCACAGCGGCUACCAGCACUUCUGCCGCUCCGACCCCUUCCUCUCCCAGCUCAUGGGCUUCUCCUACUCCUCCUUCAAGGUGGGGCCCAUCACGCUGGAGCCCACCGACGACGGCAUGGCUGGCGUGGCCACGGUGCUCUUCCAGCUGCCCGGGGGCAUCCUGGCACCCAACCGUGCCUGCCUGGGCUCGGCCCUGGUCACCCUGCGGCAGAACUUGCAGGAGUACUGUGGCCACGGGGGCGCCGGCACGCACCAGGGGGCGGGGAGCGGGCGCAAGGGGCUGCUGGGACACCAGCAUCUCACCACCAUGGCCAUGUGAGAGGAGUCGGGGUAGGCAGUGGAGAGAGAGAUGAGGAGAGGAGAGGAGAGGCCAAAGAGGGCAAAGCGGGCAAAAAGAAGGGAAGCUGAGACUGAAAUAAGCUUAGGGAGAGAAAGGGAGAGAGAGGGAGAAUAUUACUGAAGGUGAAGGCUGAAAGUCAUUAGCUCUGAAAUGUUACUCGGAGAGUGUCAGUGAAGUGUAGGCCAGAAAAGGGAUGGCAGUGGAGUGGGAUGUGUUGUCAGAAGGCUAAAUGUGUCCACGUACCUGUAAAUACACUGUAAUUAAUGAGUUAAGCAACCUCUUUUACAUAACAUGUCUAUUUAUGGCUUCUCUGUUCAUUUAAAUGUCACAUGACCAAGGCAGCAGCCUACAGAAAUGCACUAUGCUUUGGCCAAGGACCCGCUCAUUCAUUCAGACAGACUGCUUAAGGACUGACCAAUGGUAAGAGUGUGCACUUGCAUCAGAACCAAUAUGUGCUUUAUGAUCCCUUGAGUGACAAUCUGAACAGCCAAUGAGAGCAAAGAUAUGGUGGAUAUCAAGUCCACCUGAAUGUUCUAAAAAACCUGAUUGUCCAUCACAAGGGGAACAAACAAAACAAGGAAAAACAAACACUUGAAAUGUGUUUGUCUAGUAGUGCUUUUUUUUAUGAGAAUGAUGAUACCUGCUUGUAAAUUGAAACCUAUAACUGCUUACUUAUGCCCACAUUUUUAUAUAUAGGAAUCUCUGUCUACAUCCAGCCCUCCUUGGUGUAGGUUGUGACGGUGUAUCUUGAGUUUCCCAAUCGUAAGCCUUCUCUGCAAAUGCCUUGCGCUCCUGAGGUGCUGUGACUGAAUGCCGCUGCAUGGGCAAGACUUGUGGUGGAUAUCAAAUGAAGGGUUAGUUUGAGUUUUGUAAGCCUACCUGUUUUGGAGGUGGUUUAGAUUUUUAUUUUAUUUUUUUGUGCACACACGCUACAUGAAGGAGCUCUGUCAUCUCUGAUUCGGGAGCCCUUUUUUGUUUGGUUGGUAGCUUUUUAUUUGUUUAUUGGUUUUGGUAUGAUUAUCUUUCACAUAAACACAUUUGAUGUGCUUGAUAGACUAGUCUGGACAUGUUAAUGCUACACUGUGAUGUUCUUUUUUUUUUUAGCUCUUUUUAAUUGGAUGAUUGAGUCAGCCAAUGAGCGCUACAGUGGUUCUUUCUCACGUUCUGAUUGGUUAAAACCAUAUCAGGCAAAGGGAAAUCUAGAAAAUAACCACAAUAAAGAGAAAUGUAAAAUAAAUUAAUAUUUCUAAUGGGUUAAGUCCAUUCGAAACGUGAUGUCAAUUUGCCUCCUGGUGAGAGAGAAUUAAAAUUGUCACGAGAGAAAGGACCUAAUCAUGAAAUGACUUUAUCAGUAUUUUCAUUUGCAGGAUUUUGUUACAUUGUUGUUAGUUAUGUUAUGUAUGUGCAGUUCUAAUAUUAGUCACUAGUCAUGCAGCAUUUGAUGUAGGCCCAAACCUAGAGAUAUUUCAUCACACACACUUAUGUUGAGCAAAUCAAAUGGGACAGACGGAAUCUGACUGUAAGGUUGCAGACUUCUUCGCACAGUCAACAUUAUACUCCAAAUGCCAUGAUAAUUUAAUCACUGAAAUUUAAUUUAAGGACUGAAAAGUAAAAAAGAUAUGAUAAAUGAUCAUGGUUAUCCUACCUUUUUCUUUAGAAUUCAGCAUUACAUAAGUGAACUCCUAAUGUUGCUCUAUCUAGGUUCCACAAAAGCUCAGCUCAGUCUGCCUCACUCACUCUGUCGAUGAUGCACAUCGGUUAGGCAACAUCCACAGCGGGUGUUUCUGUCUCGUUUGGGUUUAUAUUAUUGAUAUUUUGUGUUUGCUACUGUGUUUUUCUUUUCUUUUUUUUUCUCUCAUUUUUGUACAUUACUUUGGUUAGCUUGUCUCUUUAAGGAAGGAACUCUUGUACAGAAGAUGGUUGUUAUAUGCCUGACUUGCUGUCCUGGUCUGCAGUCGGGAAAUCUAAUAAAACACUCAAAUGUU